UAAGGGACAACAGCUAUAGGAGAGACUACCGUGCGAGUGUUACAAAGGCCAAGUCGGACAACGAUCUAUAUGGGCGACGAACGACAGUGGGCGAGAAAUCGAGAUUUAAUUGGAGAAUUGAAGAAUCAAGGGCUUCGGAAACAAGUUACUUGACCUUUCAAAAUUGAAAAUAUGUAAUUUGUCGAAACUAUAAGAAUCGAUCAAUAACAUUCGAAUAGUUACCGGUUUAAAUGUUUAUAAUGUCGGCGCUGUAAUCGAUCGCGUAGAAUCGACAUAAUCAUCAACAAUCACGAGUAGUCCGUCGCGCAGAGUCAACCGAGUCGGUUAAUGUGACAUAUCAAGCCAUUUCGUUGGGGUGUUGUAUUUUUUUUAAGCAAAUAAAAUACAUCGAGCUGAAAACGGCAUUGCCGACGAACGUCGAUCAGAAGAAUAAAGUGGAAAAUCCGCGCGGCACAAUGGAGCAGAAGCAUCGUCGAGACGCGGAAGAGACGCGAGCCUGGUACGAGCGUCAGCUGCAACGGCUGCAACAGCCGCAACACGAGGUGGAGCAGCAGUACCGUCGCGAAUUCGAGGAGCUGCGAGCGGGCCACGAGCGUCAGCUGAUGCUGAGGCAUCACGAGGAGGAGCGCCGGUCGUUCGUGCUGGAGGACGAUCAUCGGCAGCGGCAGCGGGAACAAGAGCAGCAGGUCGACGCGUUGCAGCAGCAACAUCAUGGGCAGCUGCGGACGAUGCUGGAGCGGCAGCGACAACAACUCGAAGACACGAAGCAACAGCAGCUGCAGAUGUUGCGGGAUCGGCGAGACGAGGAGGAGAUGGAAACGAUGCUGCAGCUGAUACGCCAGCCGCAGCAUCGACGGCCGAGCGCGGAUUGCAACUGCGCGGAUUGCGUGGACGAGCUGCGGAGCAACGUCGACUUCCGCGUGGAUUAUCUCGGCCAGCCGUACAGGGCUGGGCUGCGCCGCGACUUGGACGUAGCGCAGGAUUUACGGGUCCGACGCGAGCCGAGCCAGCCGGACCCGCAGAAAGCCGCGAUCGGCUUCCACGGCGUAGAUCAGGCGUCGAGCGACUCGACGAUCAACAUCGGAGAGUGCGACCCCGAAGACGCAGCGCGCAGCCAAUUACCCAUGGUGCCCGUGCCCGAUGAUCAACAGUCGUUGGUUUCGCUUAAGAGCUGCAACGACGAUGACGGUACGAACGAGGCGGCGAUAGUUCCCACAGCAGCUGUACAGGAACGCGUCAGCGACGACAACGAUCGAGUCAGCUCGGAGCUGUAUCCGGACCGUCCGAUGCAUCAUCCGUACGACGAAAUGUUUCGGAACGCCGGAAGCAGCCGAAUUACGAUGGUGGGCCGGCGGGGGCGCAGACGACCAUACGAUCGGGAACCCGAGGAGCUGAGAGAGCCGAGGGUGCGGCUGCCCGUGUUGAUGGCGGCCCAAGACGACAACAACGGCGCCGCCGCCGCCGCCGCCGCGAUACCCGCCGAAAGGCUCCGCGAGGACGACGACGCGUCCUUGGACGAGGCCAACAGGCUACUGAGCCACUCGCGCAAUUUCGUGCCGAGGUACAGGAGGCUGUUGCGGCGAGCCUCGAGGACGAGCAAGCGACGGCUGUUGUCGCUGCUGUUCGAGUUUCUGACUCAAAAUGAUCGAUGAUCGAUGUAUAUACGUUCUUGUUCGUGCGCGCAUCUCGCCAAGGAUGCGUUCAUUAAUUUGAUUUUGUUUCAAUCGAUUCAACGCGUUGAUUAAUAAAAAAGGAGCAUUUUUUUUA